UCCAUGAACAAAAGAGGCAGCGUGGUUUUCUCGGCCGCAUUCCAAUUCAAUUAUAAACUUCCGUCGAACUUGUCGGAGCUCGAGCCUACGAUAAUGCCAGCCAGGCAGACGAGGGAUCUCAGUCUACAGGACACUUAUGAGUCCAUCGAAAAUUUAUUCGAGCGGUAUGGCUGGCAGGACGGGAGGAGGUGUCUUUUAAGGACCAUUUGCGAGCUCGCCGAGACACCAUUUGGCAGGACACGCCGGGACGUCCUCGAGGAGGUGAUUCACUUAAUUUUAACGCCGACGGAGGACUUGCCAGGAACGGCUAAUUCCACUCACCAAAGCGUCGACCAAUUGUAUCAGGAAGCGGAGCGAUUGGGAAGAUCUGGCGGUGACUGCAUCCUGGCCUAUCCCGAUUGCAUCGAGUCACCCUUGGAAACGUUUACGGAAAUCGCCUUCCCUUAGGAGAUGCUACGUUUAAACGUUCACUCAACUUUCAUCCCUUCGAUUUUUGUA